AAAAUCUUAGAAAUUUAUAAAGAAUUUUUCUAAAAUGAAUGAGUUUGAUGUUUUCAAGAUGUUCUUUAAAACUCCAAAGGACUACAUCGAAGAACACCGCAAGAGCAGAGCUGAGAGACGCAAGGAGAAAGAAGAUCCAGAACAGUACCGGGUAGAAGAAGUCAAGGAUGAGGAGGUGUUUGACUCUGACCAAGUUGCUAAAUGUGAUGAUAUAGACUCCUUUAUAUGCUGAAUAUGUCUCCUCCUUACUAAGAAACCUUAUAUAUGAUACUCCAAAUGCAGCGCUAUUAUCUGUAAGAGCUGUUUAGAUGGAUAUAAAGACAAACGAUGCCCCAUGUGCCGCUCUGAAGAAGGUUUUUAUUUCUCUGACCUUCAUGCUAGCGUCCAGGAUGAAUCUAUAUCUCUUAAAUGAAGGUAUAAAGACUGUGAAGAAGAGAUAAAAAUGUCCGAUUUCACAGAGCAUCUUAAAAAGUGACCAAAUGCUCCUUAUAGAUGCUCCUCAUUCCCUGCUUGAAAGGCAAUUAUCAAGAGAAAGGAGGUCCAUUCUCAUAAAAAUGAGUGAGAGUAUAUGAAGGUCAGAUGAAAAUACUUCCAUUCGCAUAUUUUGCUUAGAAAGGACCUAGAAAAUCACGAAGAAAACGUCUGAGAAUUCAGAACAAUGAUGUGUAUAGGAUGUAAAGACAGUUUUUACAAAGGGACCCUACCUGAACAUAUCAAGACUUGUGAGGAAUAUCCUCUAGAAUGUCCCAACUGCAAGAAAAAGGUUAAAAGAAGUGAGUUUAAAGACCACCCAGAUACCUGUCAGAAGGCUAUCAUAAAAUGAAUCGCUUUUGAAAAAUGACAGCAUCUUAGCACUCGAGACAAAAUAGAGGAUCAUCAGAGAAAAUGAGAGCAUGUUUAUGACUACCAACUGAGUCUCAUCCAUGAGCUUCAGGAGACCAUCAAUGCUAAAAAUAUGGUAAUCCAAGAACUUUCUGAUGAACUCAAACAGAAGAAUGAUAAAGGAAUAUUCGGUUUCUUUGGUUAA